CGCUUGUCCUGUCACCAGAGAAGGUGUGUGGCCUCUUGACUAUCUGAAGAAGUUAAACUGUUGACACACGUGUAUGUGUGAGGUACGUGUGUGGGAGGGAAACCGAAAUCAAUCUUUUGCAACGUCUGCAACACGGCGCUUCGCCUCUGCCCCCCCCUCCCCCGCUCGUCGCUCGACCUUAGCCCCAGAGAGGUAAGGACAUUGUGAUCCGUCUCAUCCUACACUCGGAGGUGGUGCUGAAAAGUGAAUCUCAGACUCCGGUCAUGAGCUACGAGUCGUGAUUGUGGCUCCUGGCUGAUAGCCAGCAGGUCUGGGGAUGCAGACGGCCAUUAGACAUGUGAGUCGCACCACCCAGUCUUCACACCGUCACACUUCAGACCAUUUUAAAACAGCUUCUGCCCCGUCCCCGACCAUACCGCCCGGGACAACAUCAGCAACACGAUACAGGACGUGGUUGAUCCGCAUUGCGCAUGUGUGCUUCCUUGGGGUAUAAGAACUGCGCUCUCGGGCUUUGCGAAGACUUGAUUUCCGUGCGUUGGUGCGCUGUGCUGUCGUCUUAAGGCUGUACCCCGACCUGCCAGAACCGGGACAGAGUCCGGCUCCUCCUUCGCAAAUGGCACUGACGCUCUCCGGGAAAGCGGCGCUCGUCACCGGCGCGGCUCAGGGGCUGGGCAGGGGCUUCGCCGAGAUCCUGCUCCAGCACGGGGCGAAGGUGGCUCUCCUGGAUGUAAAUGAGACAGCAGGAAGUGAACUGAAGGCAAGGUUUGAUGAGCAGUAUGGAGCCGACAGCACACUCUUCCUGCCCUGCGAUGUGUCUUCAGAAGAGCAGCUGACAGACGCAUUCGCCAAAACCUUCGAGAGAUUCGGGCGGCUGGAUAUUGUCUGCAACAACGCAGGGAUAGGCAACGAGAACGACUGGGAGAAGACCGUUGCGAUAAACCUGAACGCGGUGAUCCGGGGCACCUACCUCGCCCUGCAGUACAUGAGGAAGGAGAACAGAGGUCACGGAGGGGUCAUCGUCAACGUGGCGUCGAUGGCAGGUCUGGGGCCCAUGCUCACGAAUCCUGUGUACACCGGCACCAAGCACGGCGUGGUGGGCUUCAGCAGGGCCUUGGCGGAUGCGUCCCAGGUCUGUAACUAUGGAGUGAGAAUCAACAUCCUUUGCCCGGGUUUCGUAAACACAGACCUACUUCAGUCUCUGACCCCAAACGUUCAUCUGGAAGAUUCAGACAAGUUGAAGGAGGAAUAUAAAAACCUCAUUGGAGUGCUUGGAAUGAUGGAGGUGCAGGAGGUGGCCGCGGGCUUCCUGGAGCUCGUGAGGGACGAGAGCCGGAACGGGGCCGUGCUGAAGGUCAAUAAGAGAAGCGGAACCUCCUUCCACACGUUCUCCUAGAAGUCCGGAGGCGACGCGCCGCGGUCCCCCCCCCCCGGCGAAGACGUGGAGGUCCGUCGUCUGCGCGGAACUGAAGACGCGAUUCUGUCAUGCAGCGAGGGCUGACGCAGUCAGGCGGCCUGGUGUGAGGUCUGCAGGGUCGAGUGAUGAGGUUCGGAGCCCCGAGAAGUCUGUGGCCUCUCACACGUUGAGAACAGUCCAAUCCACCCAUUCAUUUUCUAAACGCUUCCUCCCGUUCGGGAGCCACAGGCACAAGGGCAAACAGACACAGACACGCACACACUCACACCAGGACCAGGUUCUCCAAAAGCCAGUUAACUGACCAGUAUGUCUCCUGGGCAGUGCCGUGGUUCUGUGGCUCAGGACCUGCGCCUGUGGCUGGAAGGUUGCUGGUUCAAAUCCUGUGGCUGGCAGAGGAAUCCUACUCCGUUGGGCCCCUGAG